AGACAUCUCAUCUUAUUGAUUGGGGCCUUUCAGCUCAACUCUUUCUUCUUUUCCCCACUUCCCUCUUAAUUCCCUCUUACUCUCUUAUACUCUUCCUCAGUCACUCCUUUGAUUCUUUCCCUCCCAACCCCCUCCAUUCUUCUCUCUCCAUAUCGUUCCUUCAUUUCUAAUAAAGAAAUCUAAAGGCUAGUUUUUUAAUUUCGUCCCAUCAGGAGAAUCUCCACUCUCCAACCUCUCCCAAGUAAGUGAUGCUGGAUUUCUUUUAACAAAAUUCGAAAGAGCUGUGAGAAGAAAAUAAAAUAAAAAAAAUAACUAUUCCCCACCAUGACUUGCUCGGCUCAGUCUAUGACCAUCGAGUCAUAUCCCGAUCAAGCUGCGGUCUCCAGCGCUUAUGCCACUCCGUCUGAGGAGACAGCCCUGCUCCGAGAUCGUCGGCGGAGGCAUUCUUUCCAUGCGGCAAGGAAACUUUCAUGCGACUACGAUGCUGAUGCAGUCUUUUUAAGGGUGGAACUGUUCCUGGCCGAACUAGAGAGACGACUGCAUUGGCUGGAACAAUAUCGCCGAUCACAUAUGGUGCAAAUCGAUACCAGCUUGCGCAGAGGAUACGCAACGCUGGAGGCCGUUAGAGACUCCUGCUCCUAUGCCUCCGGGGAACUCAUGGGCGGUGGCAAGAAGAGAGCCAAGAUCUUGGUGGAGACGCUCGAGGACGGCUAUAAGGAUGCCCUCGCGACUAAAGAGACCCUGGAGCAAAAAGCACAAGCAGGAGUUCGCUUGAUGGAGUCGUUCUUGACGGAGUUGGAAGCCCGAGCUCAUGCGGUUCGAGACCGUGGAUUCUACGGCACCCUGGACGAUGGGUGGAAAGCCGUUGAUUCCAAGUUGGUCCACGCCCGUGAAGUGGUCGAUGAGGGAAUGGAACGGGCCCGGAAAGCCAAGGAUGCCCUUCGUGAGAGUAUCGAUGAAGCUAUUAUGUUAGCCCAGGAGAAGCGGUUAAUUGCCUAUGCGGACCUUCCUCAUCCAUGGCGGGUGAACCCGCAUAUUCUGCAAGGAUAUCGGUUCACGCAUUCGAAAGUAGAGUGCUUCACGUCUAUGUUUGCCUUCUCGAAUGAACUGGUCAACAUCUGGUCUCACCUGAUUGGCCUGUUCAUCGUCCUUUCCGUCGCCUUUUACUUCUAUCCCCUGAACCCAAACUUCCACUUGAGCACAAAGACCGACGUGUUGAUUGCGGCGGUGUUCUUCUUCGCUGCAUGCAAGUGUCUGGUCUGCAGUACCCUCUGGCACACCAUGAACAGCAUUGCUAACCAGGGCCUGAUGGAGCGCUUCGCUUGUGUGGACUAUACCGGCAUUUCGAUGCUAGUGGCUGCGUCGAUCGUGACCACAGAAUAUACUGCCUUCUAUUGCGAACCCGUAUCGCGAUGGACAUAUAUCCUUCUCACGAUGUCACUCGGGAUCGGCGGGGUUAUCCUCCCCUGGCACCCGACCUUCAACCGGGCGGAUUUCGCCUGGGCUCGUGUGGCAUUUUACGUGACACUUGCUCUGACGGGUUUCGCGCCGCUGGCACAACUUACCUACACCCGAGGCCUUGCCUGGUGCCUAUACUUCUAUGCACCCGUCGUGAAGAGUAUUCUUGUGUACUUCGUCGGGGCUUGCAUCUACGCUUCUCAGGUACCCGAACGCUGGCGUCCCGGUCUCUUUGACUAUGUGGGUGGAAGCCACAAUAUUUGGCAUUUCGCCGUCCUAGGCGGCAUCCUGUUCCACUAUUGCGCCAUGCAGGAUUUGUUCGCGGGCGCUUUUCAGCGAGCCAAGGGGGAGUGCCCACAUUUGGCUUCCUGAACCGCGUGUGCUCCUUGCUUUCUCUAUCGUUAUGGCUGUAUAUGACGGGAUUGAUCUUCACUAGCACAUAGACCUUGGCUAUCGGGUUAGAUAUGUUGGAUGCCCAGCCACCCGUUAACAAUAGAUUCCCGCAGGAUCU